AUGGAAGGAAACUAUCUGACCAGAACCACGCAUAAAGGGGACAGCUUUGGCUUUGAGGAGCACAUAUGGGGAACUUCAUGGCCUGCAAGAAACUAUGCUUGUAGCUUCUGCAAGAGAGAGUUUAAGUCUGCACAAGCUUUGGGUGGUCACAUGAAUGUUCACAGAAGGGAUAGGGCAAGAUUGAGAUCAUCCUUAUCCACAUGGGUUUCUGAGUGUCCUAAACCUAACCCUAGCAUUAAGCCUAACCCAACUCAUCUUUCACCCUCCUCUCCAUCAUCAUGUCUAUCUGAUAAACUGUUGAAUAAUGCACAUCGUUCUCCACUUUGUAGCCCUUGUAUGAGUUUGUCUUCUUCAGUACUGACCCCAGCUUCUCUCAGUGGAGAGAAGAAACCAAAACUCUCAUCUUCCCAACAGCUUCCUCUUUUGAGUCCUCAAAGCAGAAGGGAAAUUGAGAUGAGUAAUAAAACUGGGAGUGGGUUAGGAGUUGAGGAAUUACAGGGUUGUGCAAUGGGAGUGGAAUGCAAGGUUUUCAAGAGUAACGAGCAUAACAUCAAGUUGGAGUUGGGAAUAGGGUUGAUUAAACACCCAAAGGAGAAGUUAGAUUUGGAGCUACGAUUGGGCCAUUGCUAG